CGUACCUUGACCAUGACCUCUGACCUACAGAUCCAUAGCCAGGAGGGUUAGCUACGUCUCAGACAAUGCAAGAGGAUGUACGCAUCAUUAUGCUUACAGCAACCGUCGAGCAAGUGUUAUUGGCAUAUUUCUGGUGAGCAGCGUGCAUCUGCUGAUGGCUGAUCACCUUUCCGUAGGACUCCUGCUGCCAUCAUAUGGCACCGAUGAAAUGCUGCGUCCUCACGUGAGGAUGGCCCAACAGGUUCACGUCGGAGAUCAUGGCGACAAAGUCUUCCGCCAGCAUGGCCUCCUACAGUCUGUUUUUGAAAAGUGCAAUAUAGUCGACCUGCAGUGCAUGGGUCUCCGGGCGCGAAAGAUGGAUAGUAUAGCGUAAAACCUGCCAUCAAAGUGGGAGCGAUGCACUGCCGUAGCCGCUGCCAAUCCUUUGCAUCGUAGCUGUCUGCCCACUCGAAUAGAGCCG